AUGGAGUCGAUCAAUGAGUAUUUGGUUGUAGGAGAUAAUAUUGAUGAAAAUAAUAAUAAUAACAAUGAAUCAACAACUCAACAACAACAAGAUGGAAAUGUACAUUUUAAUUUAACAUCUAAUAUUUCAGAUUUAGAUAUUAAUGUUAACAAUCAAACAAAUUCACCGUCAUCUACUUCGAAUGUAUCAUUUGUUACCGAUUCAAAUCAAUCGAUUACUUCAACUUCUACCGUACCUACAACUACAACAUCAACAACAUCAACAACAACUACACCACCAACAACAACAACUUCAGAAUCUGUAGUAGUAGAAUCAACAGAAGAUAAAAUAAAACCAAUCAAAUGGAAUAUUGUUCCAACUUCAAACAAUCCAACACCAAGAUUUGAUAAUACAUUAGUACAAUAUCAAGGAUAUCUUUAUUUGUUUGGUGGUAGUGAAGUUGGUAGUGAGAUGAAGUCAGCGUUCUCACACUUUCAAAGACUAUAUCUUGAUACUAUGGCUUGGCAAUCGUUACCAUGCACCACUGUCACCAGUAGAGUGUUGCACACUGCCAUUGUCCACGAGAAUGCAAUGUAUAUCUACGGUGGAGGUAUCUACGAAGAUGAAAAGUCAUCGUAUUUCUGGUCAUCAAACACCAAGAAGCUAUUCAAAACGAUCGGUUCACUGUUAAAGUUUGAUUUCCUCACGAAUGAAUGGACGACGCUUGGCGAGCAUCAACCACGUGACGGUCAUUCCUCGGUGGUAGUCGGUGACAACAUCUAUGUUAUGGGUGGAUCGCAAACCGUCUACCAAAAAGGAUCGAUCUUCUCAGUGUUUUUCAAUACUACAGAGGUGUACAAUAUCACCACCAACAAAUGGCGACAGAUCAACUCACCACAGUUUGGAAGACUUGGUGCCGCUGCCAGCUACGGACUUUCCGAGGACAAGAAGUUCAUCUACUAUUUCGGUGGAUACGACCAAUCGGGACGUUCCAACAACGAUCUCUGGCGUUUGAAUCUCGAGACUGAGACUUGGCGAUUGAGCGAGCAAUUCGCAGAGUUCCAAUCGAUGUUGCGAUAUAUCUACUCGGGUGACGAGACGAUUGUCACUCUUGACAAUUGUAUCCCUCUGUUGCAUCUCUCUGAUUUGUAUAUGAUCGAUAGACUCAAGACUAUCUGUGAAGCCAAGGCAAUCGAGGGUAUCGAGUUUGAUACUGUAGUCGCACUCUACAAACAAGCAGACUUUUAUAAACUUUCCAGUCUUAGACAGACCUGUGUUACCUACAUCGCCAAGAAUCACAAGGAUGUAUUGGCCACCGGAACAUUGAACGAUGUGGAUUCCUCAUUCCUCUUGGAGAUCAUGUAUUGUUUAGAUCCAUCAUUAAAUCAAAAGUCAAAUGAUAAUCAAGAAUCUUCAAAAAUUGUAAAAUAA